AUCUCAAGCCACCUGUGACAUCAAGAUCAAGGGGAUACACAUCACAACAAGAAAAGCCACAGGCAACCCACACUGCCGGGGCCGUUGAGGCCGUGGUUCCAUGGCCUAACCAUCCCCCCAAAACACUGAAGGAGAAGAGGAAUUCUUGACCGAGACAAAUAGCCCUUGGACCGCUUUGCCAUCUAUCGGGUAUCCAUUGCAAUGAAAGAAUUGAGAAGCAAGAUUAGACAAGCAGGGCUGACUAAGAUUUACAGAAUCUGGUUAGUCGUAUUGCUGAUGGCAGCUAAGGUGUAUGGGGAAUAUUAUUAUGUUGCCAACUGUUCAUCCCUGUUGCCUGGACAAUAUCUGUGCAAUGAGCUGAACAUUGACCCCCAAAACCAGCAACUCAAAGGAUGCACCAAGGAGGGCUAUGCUCGUAUCCCCUGCACUUCAGCUCCAGGCAUUAUUUGCCGAGAAACCAACAAUGGCACUUUUGAACGCGAGGUGCCCUGCAGAUACACAAAUGGCUACUCAUAUGAGACAGCGUUGCUUCUAUCAGUGUUUCUGGGCAUGUUUGGCAUUGAUCGCAUCUACUUGGGAUACUAUGCUGUUGGGCUGGCCAAGUUCUGUACCCUUGGCUUCCUCUUCCUUGGACAACUGAUAGAUAUUAUCCUUAUUGCUACCCAAACCAUUGGGCCAGCUGAUGGGUCGCAUUAUGUCAUCAGUUACUUUGGAGCUGGCAUUACAGUGAUUCGCAUGGAUAACACCACACACAGGAUGCCUCAAGAGGACUGGGUCUUAGGUCAGGGCUCUAAGGAGCUCUAGUGUUGUUAUUUUUUUUUUUAGGAAGCUGAUCUCAAAAUUGUGAUUAGUAUUGUAAAUGAUCUUUUCAUAAAAUACUACCUCACUCUGUAUUUGAACAAUGGUUAUAAACAUAAUUUUAAUCAAGGAAUUAAAUGUUUGUAUUGAUGAUCAUCCUCAUCUCUCUAGUAGAACAGCUAAAUAGUAAAGAUUCUGAAUUCUUUUAAUUUUUCUAUGAUGUAUAUAGAUAUUAAGAAAACAGCAUUAAAUUUUAACUAGAUUAUAAAGUUUAUAUGUGUAUAUAUACAGCAUGCACGCCUAUUACACAUCUUCACACUACACGAAACACCUACUACGUGAGGAUCUGAAAGUACAGUACCCUCCUGAGUUUCGCGCUUGCUUUGUUCUGAAGGUACAGCGCUAAACUCAAGUAUCAUGAAACGUGGGAUAUUGAAAACACUGAAAAAGCACUUAUUUGUUCUGGCCCGUGGAGAAGCCGACUUUUUUUCCACUUUACUCCCUUAUUACUGUAUUUGACAGCUUAUAAGAUGCACUUUUUUCCCCAAAAAAAUGUCCCAGAAAAUCACCCUGUGUCUUAUAAGGUCAAGGUUCAGCUUUGGGUUACUGGCUAGUGAAGUUUUAGUGCUGCAGUGGCACUUGAUUAAAACCGCAAACCUCUCUGCAAACGUAAACAAGGUGGCGAUCGCUUCUACACCAACAAUGGCAACUCUUUUCUAAAGUAACAGUGUAUUACAGUAAUAUUUACUGCUACUUCAUAUAAAAUAACACCAGUCAUGAAAAAAAUUAAGUGACGACGUUUAACCAUGCUUGUGCCUAAACAAACUAGUGGACGGUUGUACACCAAACCUGAUGACGCAUGCAUGACACACUUUCUUUUGUUAUAAAAGUGUACAAAUUUUUUUUAACUAAAAAUGCGAUAUGGAGAAUAAAUAAAAUUUAUUUUCACACUUCCUAAUGCUUUAAAAAUGUAUUAAAAUAUUACAAUAACCAGAAUUACGAUGAAGAAUAAUAAAUAAUACAAAAAUAUGA